CCACUUCUGAUCUUCUUACCCUCUAUCCAUUCAACCGGCCGAAGACAAGGAGCUUUUUGUACAGAACGGGGAAUCACAGGACUCACAUGCUUCAGUAAGGAGAAACUGAGAGAUUGCAGCAGAUGAUAGACUUCCUCAGAAGAGAAGAAGACUGGCGAGGAACGGGCUGAAGUCAGAUUUGGGGCUGGACAAGGUACCUCAGAACCGCGCGAACCGAGCUGGACUGGGCUAAAAAGGACUACCUGAAGAUGGAGAAUGACGGAACAGAAGCCGAGGAGAAGGUUGAAGAUCUGCCCGAAGAUACAACAGAAGGUGUGGAGGAACGUCCCCGGGAGAUUUCUAAGGUGCAGGGCCUGCUGGUGGAGCUGCGCGAGGGGCUCCGCGCGGCCGUGGCCGAGCUGGCCGAUCUGCGUCAGAGGGACCACGUUUUGGAGGAGAAGCUCCAAGCACAUCAGACUGAAGUGGAUGAUAAGAUAAUGGGCCUCAAGAACUCGCUCAACACAUUUAAGGAGGAGCUGAAUGUGGCAUUGUUCCACAUUAGAGAUAUGUCCAACAGACAAAGGGAGGCGCAGAGGAGGAUGGAGCUGCUGCAGAUCGAAAGCAACAAGGAUAUAAUCCCCCUUCCACACAGGUCCAGCAGCAGGAAGAGCUCCAGGUCAGACGUGCUGGCAUUGUCCGGGGAGGAGCACAUCUGCACACCCAGCCAAUCAGAGCUCAGCGUUUAUCAGAGCUUUUCCCCGACUCUGCCUCAGGGCGAGUCGCCGCAGAGGAGCAACACAUCUACACAAAGCGAGUCUGUUUGCCUGGGCAAAAGUUCAUCCAUGCUUGCCGCCACUUGUGACCAGGAGGCUCAGCAGCAGCAGCAGAAAUCUCCGUCAUGGGGAGACAAGACGAACAACAGAGACCAGAUGGAAAUCUCCAACAAUCAGACUGAAAACAAUAAGCGACAGCGGGCCGCGCUGGAGCUGCUGGAGUCGGAGAGAGUCUACGUGUCCCAUCUGUCUCUGCUACUGAAGGCCAACAUCUCCUUCAACGGAGCCGAAGCCCCGACUAUGAAGGACAAACGUCCUUUCCCCAGCUCCUUGAGGUUUUUGAUCCAGCAGCACCUGGAGCUCCUUCACACUCUGCAGGAGCGCGUGCUCAGGUGUCAGUGGCAAGGCAUCAUGGGAGAUGUGUUCAUGAGGCUCACUAGCAAAGAGAGUGAUUUCCUGGACUUCUACGUCUCCUAUCUGAAAGAGCUUCCCGAUUGUCUGUCCGUUGUCACCAUGCUGGCGUCCAGCUCCAUGAAGUCCGCUGCUUUUGUGGAUCGUGACGUUCUGGGCGAUGAAUCCAGACCUUCGCUUUACACCCUGCUCCUCCAGCCGGUCCAGAGGAUCCCAGAAUACCUGCUGCUGUUACAGGGCCUGCUCAGACAGACAGAUGCAGAUCACCCAGAUUACUACCUGCUGCUGGUCUGCAUCCAGCAGUUCAGGUCCUUCACUGCGCAGCACCACCACCUCCUCCAGCACAACCAGGAGCUUCUGCUGCUCAACCGCAAGGAGGUGCAGAGUUUGCUCUGCUCCACCAGCAGGUCCAACAUGAAGCAGCUGUUAAAGACAGUGGAGGGAGGGAUUCAAACUAACAUUAGUUCACCUUAUCCUGGCAGUAAUGCAAUACUGGAACAUGCUAACAUGGUGAAGCGCCGGAAGCAGUGUCUCCUGGAGCAGAUCCAGUCCCACCGCUUCCAGGACUGGGAUCACAGUCAAGAUCCACAGGGUCGCUGCUAUAACGCAGAGUGGCCGUCCCAGGUGCCGUUCUUCAGUCACAAUCUGGACUCACGGAAUCCAAAACAAACGGGUCUUGGCAGUAUCCCAGAAACUGAGAUGUCUGAGAGAUCAUGUCAGCACAAUCAGGUGCCCACCAGACCGGCUGAAUUUCGUCAGGUUCAGCCCGGCUCGGCUCUGGCCGAUGCCCUCGGGGAGUUCCUCCUUCCUCCCGACCCUCCAGGGAUGGAGAGUCUCUAUGACGAAGAUGGGGUCUCCCUUCACGACACAUCUCUGUUCGAUCACUGUUCAUCGGCGUCCUCAGACUCCUCCAUCGACAUCGCCUUUGUGAAGUGCCCCAAAGUCCCCCAGGGAUCUCAUCAUGCGGUGGCAAUCAAUGUGCCGACAAACCGAGAUGUCUUUGGCAAUGGAGGAAGCCCAGGUAAUGGUUACAGCAAACUGCCAAACCGGGGUUGUGUGUCACCAGACGAAGCUGUGACAAGACGCAAUCUCCAUCGACCACUUCAAGCCAGCCAGCGUAAGAGUAAGUCACUGAAUGGCCUGCAGAUGGAGAACACAGUGAGUGGUCUGGAUGUGGGACCACUUUCAGACCACCUCCUGAGAGUGGGACUGGGCAGCCACGCCAAGCUGGAGCGUCAGGGCAGUAAGGGCAGUAAAUGUUCCACCCCGUCGCAUAAAGUCCACAGUCCCCUGGGGAACACGGACAAACAGAGUCCAGAUCUUCACGGACUGCUCAACAUUGACUCGGGCAUCCAGUCAUGGGCUGACGAGUCAAAGUGGAGGAGCACAACAGAGGAAAAUAAUCACACCCCCUUCAGCGAGAGGAGUCGCAAGGACAAGGGAGGCUUCAGGAGCUCGUUCAAGAAACUCUUCAAAAAGAAGGCUGCUGAUGAGAAGAAGGAGAAGGGAGGAGAAAAGACACCAGAGAAUCAAAACGGUGAACAUGAAACGUCGAUGAAAACUCCCAAACUGGUUCACCUGGAGAUAAACCGUGGCACAGCUGUAUAACUUGUGCUUAGUGGGUAUUUUCCUGCUUUGUAUAAACAUUGUAUGAGCUACACAACGACCUUUCGCAAAUUGAAACCUGUGUUUUGUUUUCUUCUGUCCUACCCCCAAACCUUCAAACUGAAGGAAAGCACUAGUUCAAAUACCAGUGAUAUUUUUUUUUAAUUUAAACCACAAAAUGUUAAAUUCAGCCGUUUUCAGUUCUUUGCAACAUUGAAGAUUGAUUUAAUAGCAUCAAAAUGAUGAGUUGUAAUUUUGUUUUCAGUCAGCUCGCGCUUUCAUCCCAUGAUUGUAAUCAAUUACAAUUUUCUUUUGUUGCUUUUCUUUUUGUCCAACUAAUCCAUUCAUGCCAGUUUCAGCCUUUUAAUCAGUAGGUUUUUUUUAAACUCAAACUAUAAAUUCCAGACAUGACUCCUCUGUUCAUCUUAGUUACGAUAUAUCCAGAAUUGCUGCAAUAUACUCAGGAAAUAUUAACAGCUACAAUGUUUAUGUUUGUAAGGGCUUACUGUGCUUAUUUAAAUGUUCUUGUGUUUUUCCUGCACUAAAUUUAUCUUGAGAGAGAAAUAUACUCAAUAAAAGUUCUCACUGGCUAUUUUUCUGGCGAUCAGCAGAUCGUUGAAUUAUUGUAACACUAAAAGACGCCAACAUCUAUUAGCACGUUGCAACCUGAAACUGUUCAAAUUCACAGUACCACACAGAUGUUUUCAUAAUCGUUGAACUUUUGCCUACUUUGUUUUAUUAUAACCAUAAACGUUGAUGUAUUUUAGAAGGAUUUAAUGUAGUAUACCAGUGCUAAGUCGUGCGCGAGUGUGAAGUGAAACAAAAAAUCUUCUCAAAAGUGUGGGCAACUUUAUCCCUGAUCACACAUCGUUGCGUUCAAAGUUUUAAAACACACAAAUACUUUUGCAGUAUUUUAAGGCAGCGCAAAUGAACAAAUCACAAGACAGCUGGAGGCUUCAGUUCCUUCUUUUUAAUGUGUUAACCUGUCAUCUCAUAAAUCUGUUACACUUCUGAAACAAAAUAUAGGCAAUUAUACAGUAUGUAAAACAAACCCAUUUUUAUUUUACACUAUUUACACUUUAUAACGUUUUGCAUUGCAUUAUGAAAACAAAACAGAGGAGACGUCACCUGCUGUGGGUUUUUUUUUUUUUUUUUUUGCUCAACAUCGGGAAGGAGACGAGGAUCAAACGGAGUUUGGGGGAAAAACUUGAAAUACUUAACACUGAUCAGCUAAUGAGCAGCAGGCAGGUGACGCUUCCAACUAACGAAAUCCCAACGCGGUGAUGUUUAUGCCACUUAGAUCUUCUUUCAUCCAGAAAAUUCACACAUCUGGUACCCAAAACAUCUUAAAACAGAUUAAUUCUACAGGAUACUUGACUCGGGUUGAGCAGAGGCUGUUUGAAGACUUCGUCUGGUUUCAGCAUUUUUAGGAUCCCAUAUGAGAGGGAGGAAGUUGGGGAAACGGCAUAAUGCAAUCGAACAUGAACUCUUGAUGGACAUUUUCCCAUGCCUGGUACGGUUAAAAGUCAGGAAAAGGAAAAAGAAACGACAUGAAGCAACCGAAACAGUUUGGUCAAGAAAAUCCACAAGCGUUUCUAAAAAAAAAAA